GCUUUUAUUCAUUUUCACUCGUCCCCGGCAAACGAAAGACUCCGGUUUAAAGCAGCGACAAUGAAGUUAAUUAUCUCAGGCGCAACUGGCUUCCUAGGAACCGAACUUGUGAGACAGUCGAUGAGCAAUAGAAAGAUUACUUCGGUUGUGGCCCUAGCUCGCAAACCAGUCCCUGUCCCUGGAGGUCUUGCGGAAGAUGCCGAUACUUCCAAGCUUAAGAGUAUCGUCGUGGAAAGUUACGACAAGUACUCCGAAGAAGCAAAGAGAGAAUUUGCUUCUGCAGAGGCUUGCAUAUGGACGGUUGCCAUAACGCCGACAAAGUCCAAGAUGUAUGAUUUUGAAGAAGUUAAGCAUAUCUGCCAAAGCUGCACAUUGGCAUCCCUAAAGACCUUGAACGAAUCUGGAAUAUCAAAGCCUUUUCGAUUUUUAUAUACAAGCGCAGCCGGGGUUGAACGAGAUCCAGCAGCCAACACCGUAAGGUUCUAUGCAGAUUACCUACGAUUACGGGGCGAAACGGAAACAAAGGUACUUUCCUUAGCAACCGAGCUGGGGGGCAUCGAGGCAUGCAUUGCCAAGCCGGGGUUCAUUACGGCGACGGGAGACAUCGGAAGAUAUAUCAUGGGUGUUACAACAAAGUGGAUAUUUGGAGUUCCUUAUAUAAACGUUGCGGAACUUGCGACAGCCAUGCUAGAUCAGGCCGUUAAUGGGUUCGAAAAGGGGACUCUGAUGCCCGAAGAUUUAUCUAGGGUCGCAUCGAACAUAUCGCAGAAUCCCUGAAUGGGAAUAGUACGUAUACCAUGAUGAUGUAAUGAAAAGGGGGCGUAUAUGGAUAUGUGUGCAAUUAUAUUUCUUAAAAUAUAUGUGGUAUUUAUACUUGAUUGGCACUCAUCGGAUCUCUAGACAAGUCUCUUCUCUAUAUAGCAUCAGCCGACAAAUCUGCUACUACG